AUGUUCUCUGUCCGUAGCAUCUUGGCUCUCUUCUGCCUUCUCAUCUUGGCUCUCUCCACGAUCAACGCGGCUCCAAACCGUGUCCUCAUGCGUUUCGGAAAGCGCGGAGGAAACAGCGAAGGACACUUGGGUUACCGCUUCGUUCCGGCAGCGGCUUCAACGUACGCUGAGUACAUCGACGUCGAUGAUGUUCUCGGUGGCCAAGACCGUUUCUAA